AUGAAAUACGGCUUUGAACUCUCAAAGCGCUCUGUCCCGGAGUGGCGGGCUUAUAAUCUCGACUAUAAUGAAAUCAAAGGCAUUAUCAAAAGUGCAACCUCCCCAAACGCGGCUCCAGACGCAUACAAAACUGUGCUGGCCGCUCUUCAAGAGCAGUACGAUGCGAUUGGACUUUUCGUCAAAUCGAAAACUGGCGAAAUUGAACGCAGAGUCCGCGAUUGUGAGAAAAUUGUAAACUCCAUUGCGGAAAAAGACCAGGCCGCCUCCAAAACCGGCAGCAGCAACAGCGGCAGUAGCAGCAGCACAGACAGCGGCUCAGGCAGCACCUCCCAACAGGAUAAUCAACCCCUAUCUUCAUCGAUAACGUCUCAAUCUUCCGCAACAUCGUCCUCUUCCACACCCCCCUAUGCCCGAGGGAAGUCCCGAAAUGCCCUCGUCUUUCUUCUUCGCCAAGAGGUUGUCCAACUUACCCGCGAUGUCCAGCGCUUAGCCCGCUUCAUUGGUGUUCAGCGCACAGGCUUCCGUAAACUCCUUAAAAAGUACAAAAAAUGGUCCCAGUCCAGCAAGCUCUCAGAUGCAUUCCUCCCUAUUCUCGAGGCCCCAACCUCUUUUACCAAUAAGGACUUUACUUCCGUCUUUCUCGAGCUCUCUCUCCUUUACAAUGUUCUUCGUCAAGCACGCUCAUCCCAAAUAUCAAAGGUUUCAGCUACUUCGCUUUUGCCAUCCCAAGGAACAGAAGCUCUCUGUAAGUUUGACUGUGAAAUGGCUACUGCCAUUUCUUCUUCUCUCAUUUUCUGGGUUCAUCCGGACAAUGUAGUUGAAAUUAAAGUCAUGCUUCUUAAGAAUCUCGGAUUGGUCUCGGAUGAUUCUGUCACAGCAAUCUCAAAAGCUUCUUCUCAAGAUGAAUCUACUAUCAACAAAAACAGCGACGACGAUGAUGAAGAUUCGGAUAACGAAACUCAAACUCAGCCGGAACAAACAAUUUCUUCUGAUAACAGUGGAGACCACUCAUACGCAGUCUAUCUGGAUAAUCCAAAACGCUUUAACUCUAUCCAAACACAUACGGAACCAGGCCAAAUCCGCUGGGUCCGUUCUAACUCUGACUCUAAUCAGCAACCAUCAACCUCGCAGGUUUCAGAAACUACCUCGGCACAUCUCUUGUGCUCACCCGUUGGCGGCCUCCGCCAUUUUUGCAUUGCUUCUCUGACUCCUCAACAGUUUGACCAUAUCCUUCAUGCUCAGUUUGAUGCCCUUCUCAAAGAUCCCUCAGAACCUGUUGGUGACCCUGCCACUCCAUCUUCGGCUCUUUCAUCAAAACUGGCUGCUUCAAGCAACCUUUCCCGCUUGGCUCUCUCCUGGGUCGAUAAGCGCAAGGCUGUACCCAUUUCCAAGGCCAGCUUUAAUCGAACCCGGUUCCGUUAUAUCAAACCAAAGGAGACUUCUACUAGCAAAACUUCUCCGGUUUCAACUGGCGGUGCAAUCCCACCUAUCUCGUCGUCGCCUAUUACUGACGUCUCCUUAUCGGCCUCUGUGGCGUCCGCAAGUAGCACAACUAAUCUAGCCACACGCGACGCCUCAUCUCAACCAACUUAUUCUGCACUGUCCCCAACCUCUUUAAACGCGUCAGACAUUUGGGCAACCCUCGAUAGCAACAUUCGUCUCGUCAAGCCCCUCCCUCCAAACCCUGCUGAUCCAGACGUUCAGCCAUUUUCUGCAUCACCCUCCGAUUCGGCCACCCUCUCAGCUAGUACAGCCUCUAGUGACUCGGACUGGGAGCUUUUUCCCUAUUCGGUUCUAGAAAUUCGCUUUAAAGGCAUGGAAAAACCUUCUUGGCUCGCCGAUCUUGAAAAUUCUCAUCUUGUUUAUCCUGUUUCUGGGUUCUCUCUUUACGCCCACUCAGUCGCAACUUUUUACCAAGAUUUCCUGUCCCAGCUCCCGUCCUGGGUCCAAACUCUGCAUGAUGGAACCGACAUUCGCCGGACCCCGAAAAAACCUGCGGCUCCUCCCACCCCUGCAACUACUACCUCACCAGCUACUUCAGUUACUCCGGCUGCAACUACCACAGGAAUACUUUUAAACAGUAACGAACGUGAACCAUUACUCGCAAAUAAUAACAGCACCAGCUACACUGACAAAAAUGCAACCGACUCAAAUGGCCAGCCUGUUGUUCGCUAUUGGAAUGAAUUUGAUGACCCAGAGGAUGGCGGCGAGGAUGGUGUUUUUGUGAUUAUCCCGGACAAUGAUGAUGAUCGUGGAGGUGUUUUUAGUGAGCAGAAUGUAGCAAGAUUGCUUAGUCUUUCAGAUUAUGUGGUCAAAAAAGCACAUAGGGCAAAGGUAAAAAUUGCUCGGUUCUUUGGAAUUGAUGUUAGCGAUGAGGAUAGUGAUAAUGAUUCAUAUGAUUCUUAUGAGGAUGAGUUUUAUUACUAUGGAAACCGUGGUGGAUUACCAACAAUCUACGAAGAAGAAGAGGAUGAUGAUGAUGAUGAUGAUGAUGACGAUGAUGAUGAUGAUGAAGAUUAUGACGGUGAGGAGGCUUAUUACCGCCAGAGACUGAAGAAUGGAGGCAAUCCUACAGGCCGGUCCUAUGGAUAUGGUGUUGGAUCCAAUGGGACAGGAAUUGGACCGUACUACUAUGGCCACGCUGGUAGUUCUACGUCCAGCGGUGGCACCGGGCACCGUCAUGGUGGCGGCCGACGUCAUGGGCGGCUUGGGGACCUUGAAGGAGGUCCUGGAACCAGCGAUGAGGAUGAUUACUACAGCUUUCCUGUUGGUUAUCGCGAGUACACUGCAGCCGAGCAGCGGGACUACAUUUUGGCUGUGCUCUACACACUGUGCUUCUCUCUGUCGACACUCAUGCUGCUCAUUCUGUUUGGCGUGAUUGUAGGUGAAAACCUCGAGGGCAUUUCACCUGCCAUGUUUGGAGCUAUUAUUUGCGGACUCAUCAUGGCUCUUGCAAUUUGUUUACUGGCUAUGUGUCUGUUUUUGAUGCGUGCACAUUACCCUUCAACACUCCACCAAAUGCUUGUUUACACCACCUUUUUCUCCAGCAUUUGCUUGAGCAUUGGCGGUAUUGUCUGGUUGAUUGCUUAG